UCCAGCCAUCAUGACAGCAUUUUUCCUUGGCUUCCUGAUCUCUGUGCUGCUGCUCUUUCAGGAGCAGGGAGUUAAUGGGGUCCCUCCUCAGCUGAGAGGUGUCCAAUGUAGGACAAGACCUACAGACCUGCUCUUCAUCAUUGACAGUUCCCGAAGUGUGCGUCCCAAUGAAUUUGAGCAAGUCAAGGUCUUCUUGUCCAAGGUCAUUGAGUCACUUGAUGUGGGACAAAAUGCUACACGGGUUGGCGUCAUCAAUUAUGCCAGUGCGGUCAAGAAUGAGUUGUCCCUCAAGACUCACCGUACCAAGGCCAGCCUGCUGCAAGCUGUUCGCAAGAUCGAACCACUCUCCACUGGGACCAUGACAGGCCUGGCUAUCCAGUUUGCAAUCAACAGAGCAUUCAGUGAGGUCGAAGGUGCCCGAGUGAGAUCUCCAGAGAUUAACAAGGUAGCCAUUGUAGUGACAGAUGGACGCCCCCAGGAUGGGGUGAAGGAUGUAUCAGCGAGGGCCCGAGCUCUUGGGAUUGAAAUUUUUGCCAUUGGCGUGGGCCGUGUGGACAUGCACACUUUGCGGCAGAUGGCCAGCCCACCUCUGGAUGAGCAUGUGGAUUAUGUGGAGAGCUACAGUGUCAUUGAAAAGCUGACCAAGAAGUUUCAGGAGGCAUUCUGCGCUGUGUCAGACCUGUGUGCCACUGGAGACCACGAUUGCCAGCAGAUCUGUGUCAGUACAGGGGCUUCUUAUACCUGUGCAUGUAAAGAGGGGUUCACGCUUAACACUGAUGGGAAAACCUGCAGUGCCUGCAGUGGAGGGGGUGCCACGGACCUUGUCUUCCUGAUUGAUGGGUCAAAGAGUGUGAGGCCAGAGAACUUUGAGCUGGUGAAGAGGUUCAUCAACCAGAUAGUGGAUUCCCUAGAUGUGUCGGACAGGAAUGCACAUGUGGGCCUGGUCCAGUAUUCUAGUUCAGUAAGACAGGAAUUUCCCCUGGGGCAAUACAAGAGCAAGAAGGACAUCAAAGCAGCAGUGAGAAGGAUGUCUUACAUGGAGAAAGGCACCAUGACUGGCCAAGCUUUGAAAUUCCUAGUGGACAGUUCCUUUGCCAUCUCCAGUGGUGCAAGGCCUGGAGUCCCCAAGGUAGCAAUUGUCUUCACUGAUGGCCGGUCACAAGAUUACAUCAAUGAUGCUGCCAAGAAAGCCAAAGAACUAGGUUACAAGAUGUUCGCUGUUGGAGUAGGCAAUGCUGUUGAAGACGAGCUUAGAGAAAUUGCCUCAGAUCCGGUGGCAGAGCAUUACUUCUACACUGCUGAUUUCAGAACCAUCAACCAAAUUGGAAAGAAACUACAAAGUAAAAUCUGUGUUGAAGAAGAUCCAUGUGAAUGUGAAGCCAUUGUGAAGUACCAGACAAAGGUAGACAACCUCAUAAAGGCACUGACACGGAAACAUAUCCUUUGA